GCUGCCGCAGCCGCCCCGGAGCUGUAGCAGCAGAACCGGACCCCCCGCUCCGCAGCCCGCCUCGCUUGUGGGGAACACCUCCGCCACCACCCCCCACAGUGUGGCGGGCGAGCCCCGCCUGCCAUGGAGCUCUCGCUGCGGCUGCUCCUGGCAUCCUGCCUCUCCCUGGGGGCGGCCGGGGAGUUUGACAGAAGGUGGCCCAGACAAAUAGGCUCCUCUGCAGGACUGUGCCGGUUUGGAAAUAGAAUUGACUGCUGCUGGGGCUGGGCCAGAUUGUCCUGGGGACAGUGCCAACCUUUCUACGUCUUAAGGCAGAGAAUAGCCAGCCUAAGGUGCCAGCCCAAAGCUAUAUGCCAGCCAGGAUGCAAACAUGGGGAAUGUGUUGGGCCAAACAAGUGUAAGUGCCACCCGGGAUACACUGGAAAAACAUGCAACCAAGCUGAGCAGCUGUAUCCAAGCCCACCUGGUCAGAGCAGUGAAGCACUUCUGUUUCCCCCCUUGGAUCAUCAUGCAAGAAAUGUACCAUCAAGGGAUCUAAAUGAAUGUGGACUAAAGCCCCGGCCGUGCAAACACCGGUGUAUGAACACCUAUGGCAGCUAUAAGUGCUACUGUCUGAAUGGCUACAUGCUCAUGCCAGAUGGAACGUGCUCAAAUGCCCUUUCCUGCUCCAUGGCAAACUGUCAGUAUGGCUGUGAUGUGCUGAAGGGGGAUGUACGCUGUCGCUGCCCCUCCCCAGGACUGCAGCUGGGGCCUGAUGGCAGGACAUGCAUAGAUAUUGAUGAAUGUGCUACUGGGAGAGUUAUCUGUCCACGAUUUAGGCAUUGUGUAAAUACUUUUGGGAGCUACAUUUGCAGGUGUCAUAAAGGCUUUGAUCUGAUGUACAUUGGAGGCAAAUACCAGUGCCAUGAUAUAGAUGAAUGUUCCCUUGGGCACCACCAGUGUGGAAGUUUUUCACGAUGUUACAAUACACCAGGAUCCUACAAAUGCAAGUGUAAAGAAGGGUACAGGGACAAUGGAACAAACUGCAUAAUUAUUCCUAAUGUUAUGAUUGAACCACCUGGUCCAUAUCAUAUAUUCAAGGGCAACAGCACAAUCCCUCAGGGAGGCAGUGGUAUAGCCAGUAGGAUUCCUGAUCUUGGAAGCACAAGGCAACCCCUCAGACCGCCAUAUGUACCUGCUGUUGUUACAGAGAGACCAGUGACCAGGCCAACAACUCCACCUACACCUGAGCCAACAACUCGACCUACACUGAGGACAACAACUCAACCUACACCCAGACCAACAACUCAGCCUACAUCCAGACCAACAACUCGACCUACACCCAGACCAACAACUCGACUGACACCAAAGCCAACCACUCGGUAUGUGCCUGUGACAACAAGGCCAGUAACAAAGCUGGUGACAAGGCCUCCACUUCCAACACCACCUCAGCUCACAACAUUAAGACCUACACUACCACCACAAAGAACUCCUCUGAUGACAACUGAAGAGCCUUCCCAUGUUCCCACCCAAACUACAUCUUCCCAAGGAAUUACAGAUGAUAACAGGAUCCAAGUAGAUCCCCAGAAACCCCGAGGAGAUGUGUUCAUUCCACGCCAGCCUGGAGUGAGCAAUAAUCUAUUUGAAAUACUUGAAAUUGAAAGAGGGAUUACUGCUGAUGAAUAUGAAGCAAAUGACGACCCAGGUGUGCUGGUACACAGUUGUCAUUUUGAUAGUGGGCUCUGUGGAUGGAUCAAGGACAAAGAUGAUGACUUGCACUGGGAACCAGUGAGAGAUGCAUCAGGGGGACAGUAUCUCACCAUCUCUGAUCCCAAAGGCAAAGAAGGAGGAGCAGCACAUCUGAUCCUGCCCUUGGGGCACAUGGCUCAGCCUGGUGAUUUGUGCCUGUCCUUUAGGCAUAAGGUGCCUGGACUGCACUCUGGUGCCCUCCAAGUCUUCGUAAGGAAAAAUGGAGCUCAUGGACCAGCUGUUUGGGGAAGAAAUGGUGGCCAUGGCUGGAGACAGACACACAUAACUUUACCAGGACAAGGCAUCAAGAGCGUUAUUUUCAAAGGGGAGAAAGGGAAAGGAAGAACUGGGGAAAUUGGACUAGAUGAUGUGAUCUUGAGGAGAGGACGCUGCUCUGAAGAGCAUUAGCAGAGACAAUGGACCAGCACAGUCGUCUCCUCAAGCUCUUCUGCUACUCCUACCAUGCUUUGAAACAGAACUCCAUGAAAAAGAAGAAAAAGUUGAAGAAUGAUUUCCUGGUGGUCUGCUAAAUGCAGUCUUACUGAAACUCCACUUAAAACCAUGAAGAGCACCUCCCAGGAUUCAGGAACACCAAUCACAGGCUGGUUGUUUCUACUAAUCCUUACCCCUAACUCAUAUUUUGUAUGUAAUAACUUUAUCCCCUGAUAAGCCAGGUGAAUGCUCACACCAAGAGCACACGUGAUAAAGGGAGAAUUGAUGGGAAUGGUGGCAAAAAAAAAAGCUCCAUCUCAGAAAGUUUCAGUGUUAAUUGAUGCUCAUUAUCUUCCCAUAGUGUUGCUCUCACUGAUUAGAUUUGACAGAGAGUGGGACUGCUCUAGCUUCAGAGUCACCUCAGAUUUGUAGAAGCCUGGACCUGAAUUUUGGCUUACUGCCACUGCCCUUGCAAGAAGGGUUUUCUUCAUAUCAAGUAGCAUUUUUUUUGGGGUUGCAGCUGUGUUAACAACAAGCAGUUACACAGAGUAGGCACUUGCAUCCUGUAAUAUUGCAACCAUCGUGUUUUGUGUAUAUGUGUAUGGUUAUUAACAUAUUUAUGUUCUUAAUAUUUACAGACUCUAGUUGUGAGGUAACUGGCAGUCAUGCUUUCUUACUGUGCAAGACAGGAGCUGGGCAGAUUCUCUGAUCCUGCUUGGUCGUGCCCGUGGCUGUGUUACCAAAAUCACUUAAUGGUGCUCAUUGAAAACCGCUGGUGCAGCUUUUCACUUUGUAAUAUUUUGAAGGCAAAAGACCAAACCCUUACCUGAUACAAACUGGCAUCUGAUCAUGCUGUACAGGUUUGCAUUUAGCUCAGGAGCAAGGCCUGAAGGGCUCUCAGUCCUGCAAGAAACUCCUGCUUCAUUUGAAGACUGGAGAAGAGAACUUGCAUCUUGAGUGAACCCGUUGACACCACCAGGAAUGUUCCCUUCCCACAGGUAGUACAAGCCUACACAUAAGCAGAAACCAACAAUUCAAACCAUGAAAUGCCUUGAGUCAUCUUUGUCAAAAUUCCAUAUUCUGUCCAACCCUUCUGUAUAUAGUAAACAUUUUAUUCUUUAGAACUAGAAGAACUAUUAGCCCUAGCUGGAAUGAAAUAUUUAUCGGAAUUUGGACUGACUUUUUAGUUAUGUAUCAUGCAUGAGGUGUGCAGUUUCCCAGGGAAUUCUUCUGUUUGGUUUUGGGGGCUUUUAAAUGAGGAACAUCAUCAUCACUGCUGAUACAGUUCUAAAUUUGACAAAAAAAUUAAAACAUUUAAGAAAAUGAAAAGCAUUGAUAAAAUGUUGUUAGUGGCACAGUCUUAAACUCUCAAAAAAUGCAUCCAUAACAGAAAUAAGUCCCAGAUCUUUUAAAUACUUAAAUACAAUGUAAAAUAAAUGUCAGUUCCAUAUCAUUUUAUAAGACCAUCAUUAGAAAAAAAUCCAUGUUAAGCCUCUCACAAAGUCCAAAGAGACAAAAUUGCAAGACCAAUAGGAGUCAUAUUCCAAACGCCUGCUUCUUACAAAAUGUUCUUCCAGUUUGUUCCCUAGGACAAAGCAGAAUAUGUACAGUAAAAGUUUAUUUGACCAAACAGAGAGUCUCUUGCAAAACUGUAUCAGCAUUUUGAAAAGGAUAAUCCAAUGCAUUUUUUAAACAUUUUUAAGCUAUUUUGUUUCAAAUAUGAUAAUGAUUUUUUUUCUCUUACGUUAUUUUGUAAAAUGUCAGAAAUAUCUGUGAAUAGUUGAAAUACCUUGCCCUUAUUUUAAAGCAACCAGUAAAGGAGGCUGUUACUUGCAA